AUGGAGGCGCAGUGGCUCGCCGAGUAUCCGCACCAGGGGGCCGACAAGCGGCCGCGCAAGCGGCCCCGGCUCGCCUGGGAUGUCGCGCCCACGCUGUUCCAGCCCCCCAAGGCAAUUCCGAUGCUAUAUUGUGGGCAGGAACUAAUUAAUGGUAAUUUCAUGACUGCAUUUCUUCCGCCGCCACCGAUUUAUUACACCGGGCCUCCACGGAAUCUUUCGCCUCCUUGGAGACCAGAUGACAAGGAUGGGCACUAUGUUUUUGUGGUUGGAGAGAAUCUCACACCAAGAUAUAGGAUACUUAGCAAGAUGGGUGAAGGGACAUUUGGACAAGUUUUGGAAUGCUGGGACUUGGAAAACCAAGAAGCAGUGGCUAUCAAGAUUGUGCGCUCCCUCCAGAAAUACCGAGAGGCUGCUAUGAUAGAAAUUGAUGUGCUCACGAGACUUGGGAAGCAUGACUUUACUGGCAGCCGUUGUGUGCAAAUACGGAAUUGGUUUGACUAUCGUAAUCAUAUAUGUAUAGUAUUUGAGAAGCUUGGGCCAAGCCUAUAUGACUUUCUGCGAAAGAACAGCUACCGUUCAUUUCCUAUUGACCUUGUUCGAGAAUUUGCCAGACAAAUAUUAGAGUCUGUUGCAUUUAUGCAUGACUUGCGACUUAUUCACACGGAUCUGAAGCCAGAGAACAUUCUUCUUGUUUCAUCAGAGUCUAUCAGGGUGCCUGAUUAUAAGGUUUCUAUACGACCACCAAAGGAUGGUUCUUUCUUCAAGAACCUUCCAAAAUCUAGUGCUAUCAAGCUGAUUGAUUUUGGGAGUACAACUUUCGAGAGCCAAGACCACAAUUAUGUGGUGUCGACAAGACAUUACCGUGCACCAGAAGUUAUCCUUGGCCUUGGUUGGAACUAUCCAUGCGACUUGUGGAGUGUGGGUUGCAUUUUAGUUGAGCUCUGUUCGGGGGAAGCUCUCUUUCAAACACAUGAAAAUUUGGAGCAUUUGGCUAUGAUGGAGAGGGUCUUAGGGCCCCUCCCAAAGCAUAUGAUUGUCAGAGCUGAUCGACGUGCUGAAAAAUACUUCAAGCGCGGAGUAAGAUUGGACUGGCCAGAGGGAGCGGCCUCACGGGAGAGCAUGAAGGCAGUCUGGAAAUUGCCUCGUCUGCAGAAUCUUGUGAUGCAACAUGUUGAUCAUUCUGCUGGAGAUCUAAUUGAUCUUCUUCAAGGACUCCUUCGGUAUGAUCCUAAUGAGCGCCUUAAAGCACGUGAAGCUCUACGACACCCUUUCUUUACCAGAUGCAUCAGAAGAUGUGGUUUCUGA